AUGCGGCGUGCCUGUCUUCAAGGCGCGUACUUUGACCAGCGCACUAAUCUCUGUUACUCCAGCAGAUGCCCUUCAGCUUUUGGAACCAGCCCGGCAACCUCCUUUCCCCUUGCUCAUCAGUCCCCGGGAACGAGCCCAGUGACCUCCCCUCAGCUCACUCGUGUACCCUUGGAAACUGGACCCAUGAUUUCGCCUCCUCCUACACGUAGGACCCCGGGAACUUGCCUCACGAUUUCACCUCCUCUUGCUCCCCGGCCAGUGGAAACUAGUCCUAUGGACUCCCCAACCCUUUCUCACAGAGUUUUGGAAACUGGGCUGAUGAUCUCUCUGCCCUCUCACUGGUCCUCAGGGAGAAGUUAUAAUGACCCCCUUCUCUCCCCAGCAUCUUCCCCACCUACUGGCAGCUUUUACCGUGGCAGCCUUAAGCCUCUAGACUCUUGUGAACCCAAACCACAGCUUGACCUGCCCCUUGAGAAAAAUUGUUGUGGCUCCCCACUCUCUUCUCAGGCAGGUAGGCCUGGCUUUCCCAGGUCACCUCAGGAGGGCUCUUAUCAUUACUCCCAUCUUUCUUCAGAGGCCUACAUGCCUACCCCUGGGAGUCCUUGCUAUGCCGUCCGCCUGCGCCCUGGGAGUACUGAUUCUCCUUGGUCACCCCAGUCCCAGACUCCCAGGAAGGCUUGCUUUGAGUCCCUUCUCUCCUGGGAGCCAAGUGGGAACUCUUACCUCAUCCUAACUCCGGGCACCACAAUUUCUGGUCCCCCCUGUUCCCAGGAACUAUCUCGUCCCCAUGGUCCUCAUUCUGUCCUUUCCUUCCCUUCACCGCUGGGCAACCAGUUUAUAUCUCCACCCCAGUCACUUCCCCGCAGAAGCUAUAAUGAACCCCCUCUUCCCACCCCAGUUUCCCCCCAGCCGAAGUCCCCUAAGUCCCCAGAGUUAAGACAGUCACGUACGCCCCACAAAUGUCUCUCCCUAGUCAACACUCCCCAGCACACCCCUUCUAGCCAGCCCAAGCCCACUAAGGCCCGCACCUCUCCCUCACCUCCCUCCUGCCUCUCUGGUCCUUCUUGUAUAGAGCCAUACAUCACAACUCCUUCAAAUUCCAGCCCCAAAGAACUUCCCCCAGGGACUGCCUUACCGACUGUGGUCUGUAGAACCCUCAAAAUGGUUGUCCCCACUUCUCUUCCCCUCUGCCUUCCUUGUGAUCCUGUCUCGCCCAAUAGUUAUGCUCAGAGCAGCCCCCAUGGGCCCUCCAUAGGGCCCCCCUGCAAUACCCAUAUAUACUCUGUGGUUCCCUCCACCCCCCAUCCCUGCCCACUGUCUGGCUCCCUCAGUCAUUCGAAAGGCCCCCCUCCCAUUGUGCCGCUGUGUGACACCUAUAGCACUCCUAGGGGCCCACCCCAACCUCGUCGUCAGCCUGUGAUGCCUCCUUGUUCUACCCAUAUCUAUUCUUUUAUCCCUUUGAGAACACCCUUUGAUCCUCAAAGUUUACCCAUUGUCCCCCGAGUCCGGGCCUACCCUGAUACUGUCCCCUGUGGCCUCCAUAUCUACCCUGUGGCCUCUCAAGGCCCUUGCAAAGAGCCCCUGCAGAUCCCCUACAGCUGCCCUUUGACUUCAUCCAAGGAUUCCAGCUGUAACACCAAUCCCGGCUGUAGUUCGACUAUUAUUAGGGAAUGCCAGAGUAGUGACAGUGAGAGCAGGAGUUCCCACCAAAGCCAAAGCCGGAGCCAAAGCAAGAGUCCCCAUCAUGACAGAAGUCAGAGCCGAAGCAAGAGCCAUCAUUUGAGCAGAAGUCCGAGCCAGAAAAGGAGUCCCUAUCCUAGCAGAAGCUGGGGCCGGAGCAGUAGUCCUCAACAAAACACAAGUCAGGGCCAGAGUGAGAGUCCCCAGCUUAGCAUAAAUGAGCGCCACGGUGAGAGUCCCCAAAUUAGCAGAGGUCAGGGCAAGAGCAAGAGUCUAUGA